GCGGCAGCGGCAGUCAUGGCGGCUCGGUGUGUGAGGUUGGCGCGGCAAAGCCUCCCAGCUUACCUGUCUCUCAGAACAUCUCCUCGGCUGCUGUGCACAGCUACAAAACAGAAGAACAGUGGCCAGAACCUGGAAGAGGACGUGGGUCAGAAUGAACAGAAGACAGAUACUCCUUCCCCAGAGAAGAUACUCCUGGACGAGAAGGUCAAGCUAGAAGAGCAGCUGAAGGAGACUGUGGAAAAGUAUAAGCGAGCUUUGGCAGACACUGAGAACUUGAGGCAGAGGAGCCAGAAAUUGGUGGAGGAGGCAAAAUUAUACGGCAUCCAGGGCUUCUGUAAGGACUUGCUGGAGGUCGCAGAUAUCUUGGAGAAGGCAACGCAGAGUGUCCCGAAGGAGGAGGUCAGAGACGACAAUCCUCACCUCAAGAACCUCUACGAGGGGCUCCUGAUGACCGAGGUCCAGAUCCAGAAGGUGUUCACCAAACACGGCUUGCUGCGGCUGAACCCCGUGGGUGCCAGGUUCGACCCCUACGAGCACGAGGCCCUGUUCCACACGCCAGUGGAGGGCAAGGAGCCCGGCACAGUGGCGCUGGUCAGCAAAGUGGGGUACAAGCUGCACGGGCGCACCCUGAGACCUGCGCUGGUGGGGGUGGUGAAGGCAGCUUAAUGGCCUCAUGGGGCUCCCGUGGGUUCUUUGCGAUCCCCUGCUAUAGCUCUUGAGAGGUUCAUCUUUGUGAAUACCUUUGACCCUUUCUCUGUCCUUGUUGGAAAGCUUUAGUAACCAGUGGCUAAACAGAAAAUGAAGCCGGUUGCACAGAUGCGUGAAUGAACUUAAA